AUGCCCCACAUCUUUGGGGACAGCACGACAUGGACAAGCGUACUGUUCAAGGAUGCUAUCCUCAACCUUGUCGCUCGCCUGUCAUCAAGGGUCUUUCUGGGCGAAGACCUGUGCAGAAAUGAGGACUGGCUCAGGAUUGCCAAGAGCUACGCCGUCGACGCUUUGACCGCUACCUACCUGAUGAGAAUGGCCCCAAGCCUACUGCGUCCUAUUGCGUACUGGCUCAUCCUGCAAUGUCGAAGGAGUCGCCAGGCGGUUCAGAGCGCACGCAAGCUCAUCGACCCCGAAGUGAAGAAGCGGAAAAUGCUAGUGGAUGAUGCUCUGCAGUCUGGCGCUAAACCGAAUCUCUGCGAGCGUCCAGAAUUUGUGCAGAAGCUACGAGAUGAAGUGAUCGAGGUGUUGGGUGAUGAAGGCUGGGCAAAAACAAGCUUCUACAAGCUCAAACUCAUGGACAGCGUUUUCAAGGAGAGCCAGCCGUUUACUCCUCUAGUCUCAAACAUUACGCUCUCUGACGGGAGGUUCCUACCAAAGGGCGUCCGUAUUAUUGUCCUGACUGAUUUCAGAACCGCGGAGAAGUAUCCCAACCUGGAUGAGUUUGAUGCAACGAGGUUUGUUCCCAUGCGACAGGGUCAAGGCAGCGAGAACGCUUCGCAAUUGGCAUCAACAAGCUCUGAGCAUACCCUUUUCGGCCAUGGCCGACACGCUUGUCCCGGUCAAUUCUUUGCCGUGAAUGAGAUGAAAAUCAUUUUGGCUCAGUUUCUUCUCGAGUACGACCUGCGCGCUGAGGAGGGGCUUACCAAGCUUCAGCCACAGGCUUUCGAAACUUCAAUCGGCGUUAACCCGGCGGUGGCGAUAGAAAUUCGACGGAGAAAUAAGAGCGCUGAUGUCAGAAUCGAGAAACGAGAGUGA